AUGGCGGACGAUAAUGGAGAGCAAAAUCCGCAUUCGUCAGUUAGUAGUCUUUCAGCGGCGGGAGGAAAUUUUGUAACGGUGACCGAGAAUGAUCUUACAGACAGUGUCAGCUGGUCGUCAGCCAGUGGGAGCACGGAACUAUUGAAAACUCGAGAAAAAAACGAAUUUACAACGGCCGACGACGCCUCUUCCGCUACUGCUGCGACGACUACUGUUCCUGGAAUCGAUACGAUUUACAACGCAUCAACUACUGUUACUGAAUCUGAAGACAUCUCACAGAUGCUUGCUCAAUCAGAAACAUCCUCCUCUUCGCCUUCACUUUCAGGCUUUCUCGAACCUCCAGAUUCUCCCUCCCAGAUGUCGAUCGCAUCAGACGAUGGUAGUAUACACAUGGUUAACGCAGAAACCAUCUCGCCGGUCAUCGUAUCCCCAGCAUCAUCACUGGAGGGCUCGCACGAGGAAGAGGAUGGCGAUAAUGUUAUUAUACAUACAUCACGUAGCGAAAGUGAAAGCCAGAUGAGGGAAAGCAGAGGGGAAGAAAGGUCACCACAAUUUACACCCACUGUCAUUACGAGGAGUUUCAUACCUGGCGAAGGUAAUGCGCAAGGUCGAAAUGACAAUGUGUCGGGUUUUAGCAAUAGCAGACGAGACCCUGGAUCUUCUUCUGUUCUAGAGUUGCCCGAGGCUGCUGACCCUAAUACUGUCUUUAAUACAAAUAUAGCUCAUGCGGGCGAUACACAUUUGACGAGAUCGAUACCCGUGGACAAGUCACAACCUCGUGGCAAAGUCAACAUUCUAUUCCAACCUCAACAUCGUCAAUCUCUUGUGGCUCAGCUAAAUGAAGGCACAAACACGAGAGAAAUCAUCGUGGGAAUAAUUAAAGACCAUAUAUUGAAACCAUUUUUGCAAGGUUUUGCAUUAGGCAUAGCUGCACAUCUAUAUCGAUAUCUCAGAUCUGGUAGAACUUCGGUAGCGGGUGUCUGGAAAAGAAAUUCAAAGGCGACUAACAAUUAUAAUGAGAAAUAA